CUGCUGGACUGGGACAUGGGCAACGAGUGCUUCCUGGCCUUCAACACCUCGCACCUGCCGCUGGCCGAGCAGAACCUGGCCAAAUACAGACUCCGCAUAGUUGAGCCCCCGAAACUCCCCCUGAAGAAGAAACCCAACCCUGACAGAGAUGGUCCUGAUAUUGAGCCCAACCUGUGGAUGUGGGUGGACCCCAACAUCGUGUUUCCCCCUGGAAAGCUGGAGGUCCGGCAUCCUAGGAAGGGGGAGGCUCUGACAAGCCCUGCCCAACAGCAGCCCCCAAAAGAGGAGGACUCCGCCCACUGCUCAGAGGCCAGACCUGCGGAACCGCUGCCUCCAUCCUCCGGGGACCCCUCUCCCCCUCCCAAGCAGUUCGGCCCUUCCCCCGGCUCCUGGGAGCUCCCAGAAGAGGAAGCUCAGGACGAGGAUGACCGCUCCCCUGUGGCUCUCCCGUCCCCUCACAAAAGGGCCCCCCUCCAGAGCCGGAGGCUUCGGCAAGCCAGCAGCCAGGAGGGGAGGCUCUGGCCCCGGCCCCCCCUCAAUUACUUCCACCUAAUCGCACUGGCGUUAAGAAACAGUUCCCCGCGGGGCCUCAACGUGCAGCAGAUCUACCGGUUCACGCGGCAGCAUUUCCCCUUCUUCCGGACGGCCCCGGAGGGCUGGAAGAACACCAUCCGCCACAACCUCUGCUUCCGAGACAGCUUUGAGAAGGUGCCGGUCAGCGUGCCGGCGGGGGACAGCCCGUGGCCUCGGUCCUGCCUCUGGAAGCUGACUGCGGAGGGACACCGCCGCUUCGAGGAGGAGACCCGGGCGCUGGCCUCCAGGCACCUGGAGGGCAUCCAGCAGAGCAUGAGCCAGCCAGAUGUGAUACCCUUCCUCUUCGACCUUUAA